AGGGAGUUGCUCGUGAUUCGACCCUCCAAGAUGCAAAGGUCGGCACUCACGAGACCUGCGCGGUUCAGCUGACCGCCAUCCUUUCGUCCCGCCCUCGUUGCGUUGGAUCUGUUUUGACUACCAGGAAGGAAAAAAAAUCCAUUUUCUUCUUCUUGCUCCUUCCCUCGCUUUAGCUCGCGUCGAAGUGCUGACGAGAGGGAGAGAGAAACGUGUUGGGAGUGUCUGAAGGGCCACAGACGACUUGGACUCGCCUUCGACUUGUAUUCCAGAAGAGCAAGGGGAAGAGGGAGAAGCGGAGAAGAGCCGUCUGUCGCUCCUUUCUUCCGAGAGAAAGAGGAGAGAGAAAGAGAGGGAGGAAUGGCGUACAGGGCGGACGAGGAGUACGACUACCUGUUCAAGGUGGUGCUAAUUGGGGACUCCGGCGUUGGCAAGUCCAACCUCCUCUCCAGGUUCACCCGCAACGAAUUUAGCCUCGAUUCCAAGUCCACUAUCGGCGUCGAGUUCGCCACCAGGAGCAUCCGCGUCGACGACAAAGUCCUCAAGGCUCAGAUCUGGGACACCGCAGGCCAGGAGAGAUACCGUGCAAUAACAAGUGCAUAUUAUCGUGGAGCUGUUGGUGCAUUGGUUGUGUAUGAUGUGACCCGCCAUGUUACCUUUGAGAAUGUGGAGAGGUGGUUGAAGGAACUGAGAGAUCACACAGAUGCAAAUAUUGUGAUAAUGCUUGUAGGCAACAAGGCUGACCUUAGGCAUCUGCGAGCAGUUUCAACAGAGGAUGGAAAAUCAUUUGCCGAACGUGAGUCAACAUAUUUCAUGGAGACAUCAGCCCUCGAGUCCACCAAUGUGGAGAAUGCUUUCACUGAUGUGCUCACACAGGUAUAUCGUGUGGUCAGUCGGAAAGCCCUUGAUAUGGGAGAGGAGCCUGUUGCUGUUUCUUUGAAGGGUGAGACAAUCAAUAUGGGAAACAAGGAUGAUGUAUCAGCUGUCAAGAAAGCAGGGUGCUGUUCAGCUUAAGUUUCUGUUGCUUUCUUCUUUUCAAUCUCAAGUAUCGUCAAGAUUGUUGAUCUCCUUUUAUCAUGUCUGUGUGCUUUCAUCAUAAAGAGUCUACGUUGUUUGUUCUUUUGUAUCUUGAAGUAGCAGGUCUGCCGUUCUAUUCACCCCAAAAAUUUUAGUUUGUGGUGGCUUUUGGAUUGUUUUUGUUCUUGCUGUUUUUGGCUAGUCUUCAUUCUUUCAAUUGUAACUUGGGUUCAUGGAAUUUGCAAACUGAUCGUGCUGCAUGAGAAAGCCAUAUGGUACUGCA